AUGAAUAACUCAAAUUUAGAAAUUGACAAUUCUGAUGUCAAUGCAUCUGGUAAUCAAACUCCAGAAAUUGAAUCAGUCAUGGAAAAAAGCACAGAAGAUGAAUUAACAAAUAUUAUCGAUCAAACUUUACAAAAGAAAUCAUUUAAAGAUUACAUUUUAAUCUCCUCCUUAUGUUUUAUGGUUGCCUUUGGUGGUUUCGUUUUCGGAUAUGAUACUGGUACAAUUGGUGGUUUUGUCAAUAUGACUGAUUUUACUGAUAGAUUUGGUCAAACAAAUAGUGAUGGUGAAAGAUAUUUUUCAAAUGUAAGAGUUGGUUUAAUUAUUUCCCUUUUCAAUGUUGGUUGUUGCAUUGGUGGUUUAAUAUUUUCAAAAGUUGCUGAUCUUUAUGGUAGAAGAAUUGGUCUAAUGUUUUCAAUGGUUAUUUACGUCGUUGGUAUAAUUGUUCAAAUUAGUGCAAGUUCUCAUUGGUAUCAAAUUGUUAUUGGACGUGCCAUUACAGGUUUAGCUGUUGGUACAGUUUCAGUUAUUUCACCAAUGUUUAUUUCGGAAUCUUCUCCAAAAGCUUUAAGAGGUACUUUAGUUUGUUGUUUCCAAUUGUGUAUCACAUUAGGUAUUUUCAUUGGUUACUGUUGUAACUAUGGUACUAAACAAUUAGAAGGUUCACAACAAUGGAGAAUUCCUUUAGGUUUAUGUUUCCUUUGGGCAAUCUUUUUAACUGUUGGUAUGUUAUUUAUGCCAGAAUCACCAAGAUAUUUGGUUGAAAAGAAGAGAUUAGACGAUGCUAGAAACUCAAUUGCGAAGUCAAAUUCAUUAAAACCAGAUCAUGAAUUAGUUUCUGCUGAAUUACAAUUGAUCCAAGCUGGUAUUGAUAGAGAAAAAUUGGCAGGUACUGCAUCAUGGAGUGAAUUGAUUACUGGUAAACCAGCUAUUUUAAGAAGAGUAAUAACUGGUGUUUUAUUAGCUUCAUUACAACAAUUGACUGGUAACAAUUAUUUCUUUUAUUUUGCUCCAACUAUUUUCAGAGCUGUUGGUUUAAAAGAUUCAUUCCAAACUUCAAUGAUUAUUGGUGCUGUUAACUUUAUUUCAACAUUUGCAAAUAUUAUUGCUAUCGAGAAAUUGGGAAGAAGAUUAUGUCUAUUAGUUGGUUCAGCUGGUAUGUUUGUUUGUUUUAUCAUUUACUCAGUUUUGGGGUCAGUCAAUUUAUUUGAAAAUAAUGAUUACGAUUCAAUUGAAGAUACACAUAAACCAACUGGUAGAGCUAUGAUUUUCGUUACUUGUUUAUACAUUUUCUUCUUUGCUUCAACAUGGGCUGGAGGUGUUUAUGCAAUUUUAUCAGAAAUUUAUCCAUUAAGAGUUAGAUCAAAAGCUAUGUCUGUUGCAAUUGGUUCAAAUUGGAUUUGGGGAUUUUUAAUCUCAUUCUUUUCAUCAUUCAUUAUUGAUACAAUCCAUUUCUAUUAUGGUUUUGUUUUCACUGGUUGUAUCGCUGCAUCAUUUGUAUUUGUUUACUUUGGUAUUAUGGAAACUAAAGGUUUAUCAUUGGAAGAAGUUGAUGAAAUGUAUGCAGAAGGUGUAUUACCGUGGAAAUCAUCAGGUUGGAUUCCACCAUCAGCUGAAGUAAUGGCUACAUCAACUGGUUAUGCAAAACCAAGAGAAUCAACUACUGAAUCAGUUUAA